ACCCAUAUAUAUAUUCAUCUGAGGAAUUUCCGGUUGACCAGAAAAAAAAAAAAAAUCAUCUGAGAUAAUAUAAUUUGAUUUAUCCGAUUUAUUUCAACCAAAGAUUAUUUCACCCUGAUUUAUCCGAUUUAUUUAAUACAUCAUAUAUCAACCAAGAUUAUUUCACCCUUAUUUAAUGCAAUUUACCAGAAAAACACGAUUAAUUCUUGACCAUAAAAUUUCUUCAGCAGUUAGAGACCCUUCAACAUCUCUUCCGUCUAUAAAACCAUCUCUUCUUCCCCUCUGUUCCCGGCCCUGCAUUAGAGAUCUCUCACACCAACCCACCCAUUUAGAGAGAGAGAGAGAUAAGAUGUCGCUGCUAACAGAUCUCAUCAACAUCAACCUCUCCGACACUACGGAGAAGGUCAUCGCUGAGUACAUAUGGAUUGGUGGUUCGGGCAUGGACAUCAGAUGCAAAGCAAGGACUCUUCCUGGACCUGUUACCGACGUGACUGAGCUCCCUAGGUGGAAUUAUGAUGGAUCUAGCACCGGUCAAGCUCCCGGUGAAGACAGUGAAGUGAUCAUAUACCCACAAGCAAUUUUUAAGGAUCCAUUCAGGCGAGGAAACAACAUAUUGGUCAUUUGUGAUGCUUACACUCCGGGCGGUGAGCCAAUCCCAACGAACAAGAGAUACGCCGCAGCACAGGUUUUCAGCAAUCCUGAAGUUGCAGCUGAAGUGCCCUGGUAUGGCCUUGAGCAAGAGUAUACCUUGCUGCAAAAAGAUAUCCAGUGGCCUCUUGGCUGGCCAGUGGGAGGUUUCCCAGGACCUCAGGGACCAUACUAUUGUUCCAUUGGUGCCGACAAAUCUUUUGGACGCGAUAUCGUUGAUGCUCACUAUAAGGCCUGCCUUUAUGCUGGGAUUAACAUUAGUGGCAUCAAUGGUGAAGUGAUGCCAGGCCAGUGGGAGUUUCAAGUUGGACCGUCCGUUGGCAUCUCAGCUGCAGAUGAAUUGUGGGUGGCUCGCUACAUCCUAGAGAGGAUUACUGAGAUUGCUGGGGUUGUGGUUUCUUUCGAUCCCAAACCUAUCAAGGGUGACUGGAACGGAGCUGGUUGUCAUACCAAUUACAGCACCAAGUCCAUGAGGGAAGAUGGGGGUUAUGAGUUAAUCAAAAAGGCUAUUGAGAAGCUUGGGCUGAGGCACAAAGAACAUAUUGCUGCAUAUGGUGAAGGCAACGAGCGUCGUCUCACUGGACGACAUGAGACUGCUGACAUCAACACCUUCUUAUGGGGGGUUGCAAACCGUGGCGCCUCCAUCAGGGUUGGCCGAGACACCGAGAAAGAAGGCAAAGGGUACUUUGAGGAUCGGAGGCCGGCUUCGAACAUGGAUCCUUACAUUGUUACUUCGAUGAUUGCAAACACCACCAUUCUGUGGAAGCCAUGAGUGUGUCCAUAUGAAAGAGGGGAAGCAAGAUUUGUAUCGCGGUACCCGCCCCCUUCUGUCUGUUAAGUAGUUUGGUUGUGUCCCUUUCGUAUUUUUCCCUUGUAAUGGGAUUUCUGUGUCUCAUUUAGCAAACUGGUGAUUUGCUUUGCCUUGAAUAUUAGUUACUCAUUAAUAACAAAUACAUGAAGGGGAAGUUGAAUUUA